AUGGCCUUUGACCGCCACAUUGCUAUCUGUCAUCCGUUGCGCUACACAAUCAUCAUGAAUGGACGGGUUUGUGUGAAUUUGAUAUUGGUGUGCUGGAUUGGUGCUUUCAUGAAUAAUUUUGGCCCCAUUGUUCUCCUGAGCCAACUGUCCUUCUGCAGCUCUAACGUUAUUGAUCAUUUCUUCUGUGACUAUGCUCCACUGAUAAAGCUUUCUUGCAAUGAUGUAGAUACUCUCCUGACUCUGGAAUCUACCCUCUCUCCUCUGGUGUUACUCAGCUCUUUCUGUGUAAAUGUCGUCUCUUAUCUCUACAUAGUUGUGACUGUCUUGAGCAUGCAGAUCAGUGGCAACCGUGGGAAGACUUUUUCAACCUGUGCCUCUCAUCUAACAGUCGCUUCCAUCUUCUAUGGCAGUGCCAUCUUCAUGUACUCUUUGCCCAGCAAGGGUCAUUCUCGGGAUGCCCAGAAAGCUGUGGCAGUUCUAACUGCUGUGGUCACCCCAUUACUGAACCCUUUUAUUUACACUUUCAGGAAUGAGAAGGUCAAAGAUGCUUUCCGAGACUGUUUGCAAAGGCACAAACGUAUUUUGUGA